AUGCAGCCGCCUGUGGGACAAAGUCUGGCUCCCAGCAGCUCCACAGAGGCUCUGGCACAGGAGCCUCCUCCACCAGGCGCCUCUGUGGGCUCAGACCCAGCAGUGGCCACAUCCUGCGCCCUGCCCGGAGCUGUGGGGCUGCCUGGGGGGGCCCCGAGGCCGCUGCUGAUGGAGCUGCUUGGCUCUCGGCAGCGCUGCUGUGUCUGCGGCCAGAGCGGGGCCACCAUCAUGUGCUGCGAGGAAAACUGUGACAGAUGGUUCCACCUGCCCUGUGCCAAGGAGGGUGGCUGUGUCACUCAGUACCUCACCCCAUACAGCUCCUACUGCUCUGAGCACCGUCCAGAGCAGGAUGUGCAGCAGACUCCAGAGCCAGACACCAAAUGCCCCAUCUGCCUGGAGCCUGUGGAGGAUAGAAAUACCUUCACCACCAUGGUGUGCCCAGCGUGCAAAAGGGCCUGGUUCCACAGGGACUGCAUCCAGGGACAGGCCAUGCGCGCUGGUGCUUUAUUCUUCCAGUGCCCCCUGUGCAGAGAUGGUGAGGCAUUCGCUGUUGAAAUGUUCCUCAUUGGGAUCCGCAUCCCCUUCAGACUGCCAACAUGGGAGGACAACGAUGCCUUCGCCGACCUAGAAGAGAGGCACAGCUGGUGCAAUGCCAGGAAAUGCCUUUACCCAGGAGGCAGGGAGCAAGCAGAGGAAGAGGGAGACCAGAAACCGUCGCAGACACCAACGUGCAGCAUUACAGCAGUUGCUGCCAUCUUCCUCUCCGGACCCUAG